CAUCCGUGUUUACAUCCGUGUAAACUGGGAGUGGUUACUUAACCGGUCCGAUGCUGAUUUUUCUUGAAUAGUUUAAUGUAUUUUCACUCGGAAUAUUACGCAUUCAUUUGCAAACAACGUAUCGUGAGGAGUACACGUUUAAGGAAAGCUUUUUCUUGAAAAUGAAAGCAUUCGUGUUAAGUGUUCUGUUUGUAAGUGUUUUAGGUCUGUGUGAAUGCUGUAAGUGCGCUGUAAGGCCCAAUUUGGAUCUGGGCUGUGGAUCAGAUUUUAUAAUUGAGACCAAAGUGAAAAGUGAACUUCGAGAUCCGGCGGAUCCCGAAGAUUUUUACGGUUUCUACUAUAAGAUUAACAAACCAAGCUAUGCAAAUAUAUACAAGUUCAAUUACCUGUCUGACGUUUCAUCGGCGAACAAAGCGAGAGUAUACACAAGUGGGAGUACCGCAUCGUGCGGCGUCCAUUUAGAAGACGGAAAGACGUACAUCCUGUCAGGGAGUGUCAAUAAAGAUAAGCAGCGCAUGGAAAUCAACUCGUGUUCAUCUUGGGUGGAGGAGACGGGUCAAAUCAGUCCAGAGUCCCAGAAGUUGUUGAUGCAGUUUCAACAAGAAAGCGUUAAAUGUCCAAUGGGAGCUUAAGCGGAAACGAAGACAUACAUAUGGACAUGCUUUGCAAACUGUAUUGUACAGUGCUGAACCGUGUACAAUCCAUAUGUCUUAGUAAAACAAAGAAAACACCA